AUGGACACUGUUGAUCCUAAUGCCUCCAAUUCCUCUCUGCGAUCUGACCCAUGCAGCAGUUGGGAUGGAAUUGCUUGCAACCAAAGGGGAAACAUCACUGAAAUUAACUUACCAAGUAUGGGCUUGCAAGGUAUGGUUAACUACUUCCCCUUUCCUUCAUUUCCUGCCCUCACACGUCUGGAUCUCACUAAUAACACACUUCUUGGUACUGUUCCAUCCAACAUUCCUAACAUUUCGGUAAUCAACUACCUUGAUCUGUCUAUAAACCAACUCUCUGGUGCAAUUCCAUUGGAAAUCUGCUUACUUACCAGUCUUAAAAUCUUGUAUCUUGAUCAGAACCAAUUCAGUGGAUCGAUACCUUACCAAAUGGGAAGUUUGAAAAAUCUUACUGUUCUGACCUUGUUCUCCAACAACCUCUCUGGUUCCAUACCUGAAUCUUUACGUAAUUUGAGCAAUCUACAGCAGCUGUCUUUGAACCAAAACAAUCUCAUUGGUUCAAUCCCUGCAUCUAUAGGUGAGUUGAAAGAUCUGCACUUUCUAUACCUAUACGAAAAUCAACUUUCGGGUUCCAUUCCUCGGGAAAUAGGAAAUUUGACAAACCUCAACUCCUUAAGCCUGGAAAAUAAUAAUCUAGUAGGUUCCAUCCCUCAAGAAAUAGGAAAUUUGAAAUCACAUAGUAAUCUAUACUUACCUCGGAACUAUCUCAAUGGUUCAAUCCCUGUUACUUUAGGUAAUUUAAGAAACCUAACCAUAGUACACCUCUUUGAGAAUCAACUAUCUGGUAGGAUUCCUCUAGAAAUAGGAAAUUUGGCAAAUCUGAACGACCUAGAAUUGUCCUUCAAUCUUCUAACUGGAGGCAUACCUUCCACCUUGGGAAACCUACAGAAGCUCACCAUUUUGAACCUGCUAGAGAAUCAACUCUCUGGGUCAAUCCCUGAAGAAAUAGAAAAUCUUACCAAUUUGGUUAAUUUGCAAUUGGGAGAUAACCAUUUAUCAGGUAGUCUGCGACAAGGCCUAUGCAUGAGUGGAUCACUCGAAAACUUCACUGCAUUUAACAACCAUCUCACAUGUCAUAUUCCGAAGGGCUUCAAAAACUGCACAGGCUUGGUUAGAGUUCGACUCCAAAAUAACCAACUUGUUGCAAACUUAUCAGAAGACUCUGGGAUUUAUGAGAAGCUGAAUUACAUUGAUUUGAGCAAUAAUCAAUUGCAUGGUGAACUUUCAUCAACCUGGGGACAGUGCCAAAACCUGCAAGCUCUACAGAUGGCUGGGAACAAUAUUAUUGGCAGGAUACCUCCAGAGCUUGGGAUGUUAACUCAACUGGGUAAACUUGACCUUUCUUCAAAUUACCUGGUAGGAGAAAUUCCUAAGGAAUUUGGUGAGUUGACAUCUUUUCUAGAUCUCACUCUGAGUAGUAACCAACUUUCUGGUAUUUUACCAUUAGAAGUUGGAAGGCUAUACAGCCUAACAAAUCUUGAUUUGUCAACAAACAGUUUCAAGAAAACUGUUUAA